AUGGAAAAGGAUAAAGAAGAGGCAUUGUUUAACAAACCCCCUCAGGUAGUCAUCCCAGUGCACCUGCAGGGCACAGAGGAAGAGCCAGCAGAAACAGCAAGACUGAGCAGAUAUCCUGGGCCAGAUGGAAAUGAAGAAGGCAGCAACAUCGAUGCAAAGGCAGAAAGCAGCACCGGAAAUGAAGCAAAGGAAGCCAAUGAAGUUGCAAAAGAAGAAGUAAACCAUGAAGAAGAAGAAGAAGAAGAAGAAGAAGAAGGAGGAGGACACAGCACUGUUGCAAAGGAAGAAAUCGAAAGCAACGAUGCAAAAGUGGAAGAAGACAAUAAGGAUGGAAAUGAAGAUGACAACAACGUUGAUGCAAAGACAGAAAGCGGUGCUGGAAAUGAAGCACAAAAAGGCAACGAUGGUGCAAAGGAAGAAAUAAACCGUGGUUUAAAGGAGGGCGAGGAAGCCAAUGCUGCCGGACUGGAAGAAGACAAACGGGAUGCAAAGAGAGAAGACGACGGCCACAGUAUCAAGGGGAACCUCGCAAGGCCUUUAGAGGAGUGCAUAGAGUUGCAUGUAGUGGACCUGGACAAAGGCUGCUCGCUGGUAGUGGAGCUGAUGGACAAGCUGAGAGACAUCUUUGGACAAGACUUUUCCAACUAUUUCUACCCGGUGCCACAACAAGCCAUCGGAGUGGGCAGUGCCUUUGAAGGCUGGAGUCCCCAUGCACAAGAUGUUGUGUACCGUGUGCUUGUACCCCUGAGUCCCCCUCCAGGACACGCCUUCCACCUGGAGCUGGACGCCGCAGGGAUGCUCCAGAGGAACUCGCGUGUCCGUGUGGAGCUGCUGUGCACCUGCAGAGGGGAGCAGCUGCGGGAGGACAUGCUGUGCUUCCUCCACCACUCCGAGGAGGAGCUGAGAAGGAAGCAGGACCCCAGCCUCCUGCAGACCCUGUGCACUGGCUCCUACCUAGACGUGGAGAAAACUGUCCAGUGGUUCUACCGAUUUGUGAGAGCAGCCCGGCUGCUUUUGCCUGCGUCCUGCCACUGGCAUUUAAUGUUGCAGCCCUGCAGCCGCUCCUGUAAAUUUCAGCUCAGCAAAGACACAGAAAGCUUCACGGUGGAGGUGAUCUUUGGGGUGCAGCAAGGAGACACAGAUAUCUUUGUGGGCAGCCAGCCUGCAGAAGUAGGCACGCCAAGCACAACGUGGCGCGAGACUUACGCCGUGGCAGAGGCAAAAUUCUUCAGGCACGUUUCCGGGCAGGCUCCCCAGGACAGCUGGCACUGCAAGUGCCUGCAGCUCCUCAGCUGCUUCCCGAUGGGCGGAGGUUUUUCCAGCUACGCCUUGAAGACUGUGGUGAUGCACCUCCUGAGCACCGUACCCCCGACACGCUGGCAGAGGGACUUCCGUCAGCGACUGAUGGAUAUCCUGAAGUACCUGCGGUGCUCGCUGGAGACAAAGCAACUUCACCACUUUGUCGUGGGCAAUGAGAAGUUUCCCAAGGAGAUCAAAUUGCCCUCCGGCUUGCGGCUGGCUCAACCACCCAACCUCUUUCCCCCUGGCGAGCAGCCCGGAUGCCCACACGAAGGUCGUGCAGGAGUACAUCCGCCUGCUGCAUCGGCUCAAACAAGUGCUGAUCUGCGGCCAUUGAAAGGGAUCUUCCUGCACGGAGCUGUGCUUGUGGGGCCCCUUGGCAGACCCUGUAGAUAUUAACCUCCCGUAGCUAGUGCAUUUUUACAGUACGUGUUAACCCCCCAUAGUUAGUGCAUUUACUAUACGUAUUACAGCCCCGUAAUUAGUGCUUUUCCCAUAUGCGUUAGGACCCUCUAGUUAGUGAAAGUACCAGACAGAUUGCGACACUUUAGGUGGCGCUUUUCCUGUAGAUAGUAAUGCCCUCUAGUUAGUGAAUUCAGCGUUCCAGACCCUUCUUUGUUAUUGUUUCAAUAAACGCAUUUAUUCCUUAAA